AAAUAAUUAUUAUCAAUAUAAAUUUAAUAUCAGUCUUAACAGUUUAGAUACGACUGCUAUGACAAUGACAUCCUUUCCAUGGGAAAAGAAAGCUUUAUCAUGGGAAAAACGGGAAAGUUCCUCCGGUCCGCAGAAUCCAGUGGAUUCCUCAUCCAGCUAUAAAUGGCAGACUCCCCAGAAUGCGAACUCGUAUCACUGGCAAACUGCCGACCCAAAUUACGGAGCAAAAAACCCUUGGGAAUCCAGAACUUCAGGAAGUGGGUAUGCAGGAGGCAGUCAAACAAAUCCUUUUGACGUGAAGAAAGCAAGUUUUCCUUGGGAGAAAUCGGCGGUAAAUUCCACGUCUAAGAACGAUAUGUUUAUAUUCGGAAAAGAAGAGCCCAAAAAGAUAGGUGGGAGUUACAGUUCAAUUUAUAACUCGCAACAGAAGGUUUCAGAAAGUGUCCAACCCUCCGAAACAAAACCAAGUACAGGCUCUUACAGCUCUUACUAUAAUCAGAGCAAAGAAGCUCUCUUUCCUUGGGAGACACACAAAGACCCUGAACCCGGCAGUCUUGAGGCCAAAAUGUCGGAAUAUCUGAAACUUCCUGCAGAACAAGUUACUGACCAGGAAAUUAGUUCGGAGAUAAAAGUUGAAAAAGCAGCGGAGAAAGAACCAUCACCAAAAACGCCAAAGAAAAAGAGUUCGCCUAAAAAAUCACCAAAGGCUGGAAGAGAGAAGUCGAUAGUGAAAAAGGAUAGAAAAGAAGAUUUAACUGAAGAAAAAACUCCAAACAUCGAAAUAAAAGUUACAAUCUCCAACGACAAAGAAAAGAGUGUACUGAAAGAAGAGAAAAGUAAGGAAUGUGAAGAAGAGGAAAACAAAAGAACUACAUCACCCAAAACACCAUUGUCACGGAGUACAUCACCCAAAACAACAUUGUCACGGAGUACAUCUGUGACUGCACUGGCUGCAAAAGUUAAGACUGACAGGGUUAAAUCAGCACCACCCGUUCCGAAACAUAUUAAUAAACUGUCUGAGAAGUUGGCAAGAACAUACACUAGUGCUUACGCCAAACCAAAGAUAGCUCUAAAGAAGGAGACGGAGGAGAAGAAAGAGGAAAUGAAACCUAGGUUAGGCUACAGGAGAGAAGUGUCCAUCAGUGAGUGGGUCUACCCUGCACCACCCCAACCAGUUGAUUGGAAAACAAGAUCAGAUCAAGGGCUGCCCCCCAAAGAAGCAGCUGCGGACACACAGUGUGAACUGGACAGCACCAGUCUACGAGAGGCGGCCUUCAAGAAGUGGAUAGCUAAGAAAAAGGAGAACAAGACUUUGAAGACAGCUGAUCUGGUUACCGUUAUUCAGGAUGAAGAGGACAGACCGUCUGCCCAGCACAUUAGACAGGACCGGUUUGAAGAGUGGUACAGGUGCCGGGCGGUGGAAGCUGACAAGAAAACUAAAGAACAGAACCAAGCUAAAGCAGUGAAAAAGAGCGAGACAGAAGUACUGAAAGAACAGAAAUUGAAAAACGAAGCAAUCGCUAGACGUCUUUGGGAAGAGAAAGAUAAAGAACGAAAACGAAAAAUUCGAGAAAAGCGGUCGGAAGAAGAAAAGAAGAAAAGCGAAGAAGAAAGCAAAUUAGAGGAGAAAAGAAAGGCAGCGGACAAGACGUUUAAUAAUUGGAAGACUAACAAGGACCCUAAGUUGAUAGAAGAAGCAAGGAAGAAAAAGUUAGAAGAAAAGCAAAAGAGAGAACAGGAGAGAGAUGAAAAAGAAAUGAAGGAAAUUGAAUCUCAGAAAUCUUUUAAAGCAUGGAGAGAAGCUAAAGACGAUGAAACGCGUGAAAUUAAAGCUGAGGCUAACCGAGUCAAGCAAGAACGACAAAAACUGGAAAUACGAAAGAAACGCGAAAAAGAAGAAGCAACCGCACGGGCAGUCCAAGAAUGGAACGAUCAAAAAGAAAGACCUCAAUCGAAAAUAAACACUCCCCAGCAUAUUUCCCCUUGGAAGAAUGGUCCAGGGAAGGAAACCGUGGUUUCUAGAGACGAGGUAAUCAUGGCAAACAUCCAACACAAGAAAAAUAGAGAGAGACAAGGUUCUCUUAGGGGACCGAAGAGUGCCUGCGAUUCUGAAACGGUCACUGAAGUUGAAUUUGUAAUGUGAGGAUUGCCAACAAUUAAUGUAGAUUAUUAAUUAUACAUGUGUAUUUAUUUGACUGGCUGAUGCUUAACGAUAUUUUAAAACAGCUGUUAUAUUAUCAAGAUUCCAGACAUUAUAUUUUAGACGUUCAGAGUAAUCUUUGAUAAUUAAUUUUUAAGAAACUUUAACCCAUUAGGGACGACAAGUUUUAAAGUUUGUCGAUUUUGAUGCAAUUUUACACACUAGGUCACUGCACAGCUAAAAUAAGAUAUCC